UUAACCAAACUGCCGACACACUGCAGCGCGAUCUAUCGGGAACGCGCCACCAACAAUCAUGGCCGCGAUUCUCUCUAUCACGAGACUCAAUAGAGCACGUAUCGUGUAUUCUCCGAAUUAUCAACUCCUCAUUGGUCCGACGAUUCUUUUUUCGACCAAUCAACGUUCCUCUAUCACUCCCCCUUCUCGAAUCAUUUUGUAAUAUACUUAGUGUACAUUUAUUUCGAAGGAAUAUUGUUAUAUCGAACGGAAGAAAAUGGAAAAAGUAAUAUUUAAUAGAAUAAUAUAUAUAUAUGAACGUGGAUGUAUAGGAAUAAUCGAAUAGCAGACGUUUCUGGAAAUUAAACGAUUCUAUGUAACACGAUGAUGUGAUUCGCGGAAGGAUACAAGAUUCUCUCAUUUGAUUCGUCGACGAAUUGAACGGUACCAUCAAGUACUACGCUGAUUAUUGAUUGGUCGAAUCGUAACUUACGAUGUUCAACAAAAUUUUAUAAUUCAUGUUUCUGUUCGUUUAUAUUUCGUAUUAAGAAUUUUUAUCAAUGUUUAUGAUACCGUAUACGUGUACAAAAUAAAAAAAUUAAUUAAUCGUAAUAUUUGAUAUUUAUUUCAUCGUAGAAAUGUAUUUUUUACCUUGUACUAUUCUAUAAGUACGAUUAAUGCUAACCAAUCAGUGAUCGUGCUCUUUUAAAGAGCACAAGUUUAUCAAAUGUGUUCCAGAGAGCGGGUCACCUGCAUGUUACACAUACAAAAUUGUUUGUAUAUGUAAAUCUGGAUAAUAGAUAUUAAGGAAGACGCACAACAAGAUGAUUAAGAUUUUCGUUUAAUCCGAUAAGUGAAAUAAUAAAAAUAUAUAAACGCGAUAAUAAUAUAUUAGAAAAUGGGAAAGUUAGAAAAAGAUAUCGCAUUAUUAAAUCGUAAUAAUAAGAAAAAAAUCGGUGAAUACAAGAAACAAGAGAUAAAGCCAAAGAGAAAGAAACGCAAGAAGGAUCUUGAAAAGUUGCAUCGAAAUGCUUUGGAAGCGUCAAAAGAUUCGUUAAUCGGGAUUUACAGAAACGGGGCAAAAGGCAAAGAAGUAAGAAAAGGUAAAUUACCUCCGAGUAAAUUUUAUAAAGCACGAGUACAAGGAGAAGUUGCGAAAUUUUUAGAUCAAGACACAUCGGAAAGAUCCGAAGAUGUACUCGAACUCUCACCUAAUACCGUACGAGUCAAGUGUAGUAAAAAAGAAAAACUGUUCGAAAGAAUCGUCUCAUCGGACGAAGAAAUACAAUGUCAAAAAAGAAUUUCGAAAAGUCAGUUGAUAGGUUCGAGAAAAUUUUCAUGGUCCGCGAUGUAUCGAUACGAAGAAUUCUGUGCGAUUAUUUGUUCGGAAAAUUUCGACGAUCAGGAUACGAUGAUCCUUCCAGAUUUGCCAGACCCAAUUCUAAAAGUUAAAGAAAAUCUUAAACAUAUGCAUACGGAUGCUAUGAGACAACAUUUUUCACGACCGGACGUUAAUAUUAACGAUUAUUUUGAUGAUUUAAAAAAUGAAAAUACGUUGAAAUCUUCGAUCGAUGAAAACGAUAGUAAAAACGUUUCGAACAUACAAUCAGAAUCUUAUAUAUCUUCUGAUCAUUCGGAAUCAUUAACAGCGGACGUUGUUGAGGAUUCGCACUUUGAAAUAUCGCCAAAAUUUAGUCGCGAAAUCGAAGAUAAAAUGCAAUCAAAUAAUAUUCUAUUUUCUGUACCGAAAAAACCGUCUAAAGAAAUUAAGAAGAUAAAUGUUGAUCAUUUAUCUAAUUUCCAUUUGCCAUCUGAACUGUUCGAUCGACCUAUUUCUACGAUUACUUCUUCAACGGAUGAUGAAAAUAAGAAAGAAAUCAAUUGUCAAAGAUGUGCGAAACGUAAUCUCAAUAAUGUCAAACGUAAUAUGAAGUUUGGAGGUGACGAUGAAUUUCAAGUUAAAAAUAAUAAAAAGUAUAUAUAUAGACACACGGAAAAUAUCGAUACGAAAGAUACAGGGGAUAGAGAAGACGAUAAUUUGAUGUUUAUCAGCAAAUCUCCUAAAGCAAAUAUAUCGGGAGAUCAUUGUAUAGAGACACAAAAAUUCAUUGAAGAUUUUGUAAAAGAUCGUACAAGAAGACACAGGAUACGGGAAUCCAACAAUAUACAUGAGGAAGAUGUAUGUACGAAUCUAAAUGAUCGUGCAAUGGCAUGGAAAGCUACUAAAAAUUUGAAACACGUACCAGCAAUUCUUCGAAGAUCCGUUUGUGAACCUACAAAUAUAACCGACCUUACUCAUCUUUUGAAUGGUAAACGUAACGGCGCAUAUUUUAAAGAACCAUCGAAAAGAAAUCUUGACUUCAACCUAAACAUUUGUUCAUCGUUAUCUUCGAAUGAUAAUUCGAUAAUUAAAACUCAAUUUGUUAAGACAAAUAAAUGUCUUGAGAGUCGACGUUGUACGAUGCCAUUAAAAAAACAAUCUUCUAUGCAUCAGACGGUAGACUUUUGUAUACCCGUUGAAAUGAAUAUAAAAAAAAAUAAGAAUAAAGUGAAUCUGAAUAAAGAUGUGAAAAAAUCUACGCAACUUCGCAAAUCACAUAAAUCCGUGACAUUUUCAGAAGGUAUAUUACUUAACGACGAUGGAUCGAUGCAAUCGCGUUAUUCUCAAAAUCACGAUGCUACGCAACCUACGAGUGUUCAUCGAACAACAGAUACCAACCAUUCUAAACAUUGUCAAAUUUUAAGACAGGAAAUACAGAACGAUAAUCAAUCUCUAUUACUGAAGUCGACGAAACCUGAUCGGAUAUACCAGCCCGAAGUAACAUUUAUAAACCCGUCACAAUGCGACAAAUAUACUACGACACAAAAUUGUCAAGAUAACAAUGAGAGUAAACCUAUUUAUUUUCAAAUUAUAAAUCAAUCGAUGAAACCGUGUACCGAACAAAAAAUAUUUAAUCAAGGAUUAAUAUCAAAACCUAAUAAUUUAACGGCGUAUGAACAACCGUUAUCUAGUCAAUCUAUGAUACAACAAUCUACUGUUCCUGUUACGUCGCAGAAUGUUCAAUUUAUGUUCCGUGAAAAUGAUCCACAUGUCUAUGCUUUUAGCGAACUACAGAAUCUUAAAUUAUUAACAUUAAACGAGUCUCAAAACAUGUAUGUCAGUGCUCUAAAUUCUGUACACGAACAAAAACGAGGUAAUGAGUGUGCAAUAAUCCCAAAUGUUGAUCAACCAACGAAAUACUUGGCCAUUGAAAAAGAUCUAAACACACAGAGAAUCCCGAUUUAUUUUCAUAAUAACGAUAAAUCUAUUAGUCAACAAUAUAUGCCUUGCAAAGUAAUUACGGCUGUAGAGAAGCAAAAUAACGAUAAAGUGUUCUUCCACGAACCUACCUCACAAGUUAUACUUUUACAGGGAAAUCAUUUAAAUGAUAGAAAUCGUCAAUUUGUUGAUUAAAAUAAUAGACAUCUUGUCGGAAAUAAGGGAACUUAUUUAAAAGAUUAGUGCUGUAUAUAUUGAAAUACUUCGAAUCUCGAUAAAUAUUAUUAAUUUUGUUUAAAAGAAAUAUUUAAAAUACAAAGAGAAAAAAAUUUGGUUUAUAUUAUAAGAUGAGAUUACUCAAACGAAAAAAAAAAAAAUGUAUUUAAAAAUACUUGAUUGCAUGAGGCACUUAUACGAAAUUACACCAAUUAUUACUAUUUACAUAUCAAAUUCUAUAAUAAUCGAUCAAAGUACAUUUCUGCACCAUUUUUUUGAAACUUUUUUAUCGAUUCUUAUAUAAGUACAAAAACAACAAAAAAUCGAACAUUUUCUUCUUACAAUAUUAAAUUUGUAAAAAUGUCAUUAAUUCUUUAGUUCUUAUUUAAAUCAAUUC